AUGUCGGCCGGCCCGCUCUCCGCGUUCAACUCGCCAAAUAUCCCCGCUCGGAAUCCAACGAUCCCCGAGACGUUUGACGCUGAAAAUGCGACGCUCGCUGCUAGCGGCAGUGGUGGUUCCAGCGAGGUAGUUCCAAGCAAGUUCAGCAAAGAGCACCUGCUUUACGAUGAUCUGGCUCCCGAGGACAGCUACCAAGAUGGUGUCUACUGGGCCGACCUGCCAUUUGCCAAGCGGCAAAAGUGGAUCAACGCUCAAGCCAACGGAGAGACCAAGCGGGAGAUGGCACACGUCUGGGGCAUGUUCAAGAAGGACCCCUUAUCCCCCCUCGCCGCCUACUCCAGGCGAUACGUCAUGACCGGCUUUGGACUCUUCACUGAGGGCUAUACAUUGUUCUCUAUUGGAAAUCUGUCGGCAUUGUAUCGCUCUGUGUGGCCACAGUGCUGGUCAACGCAUGAGGUCUGCAGCGCCAACUGGAUCGCCGCGGUCGACUAUUUGCAGAUCAUCGGUAUUAUCGUCGGGCAGAUUAUGGUCGGCUUCGAGGGAGACUGGGUGGGGAGGAAGGUCGGACUUGUUCAGGACGCGUUGAUCAUGACUUUCGGUCUUGUCAUGCUCACUGCUUCAUGGGGGACCAAUCUCAAUGGCUGGGUAAUAUGCUAUGGAUGGUGCCAGUUUAUCUACGGGAUCGGUGUAGGCGGUGAAUACCCCAUGACCUCGACUACCGCCCUCGAGUCCCAGCGGGGGCAUGGGGCACAGCGGGAUGACAAGCUUCACCGAGGACGGAAUGUCGUGCUGGCGUUCUUGAUGCAGGGAUGGGGACAGCUCUUCAACCAGGGCCUGCUUAUCAUCCUCCUGCUUAUCUUCCAUGGAGGAGGAAAUCCACCCUACGGUACGGUCGCCGCCCAGUGGACUUACCGAGUGUCUUUCGGUAUCAUGGCAGCCAUGACCCUCUGGCUCGCGUACUACCGAUACUACCGCAAGGUCUACUCGUCCGCUGCUCUCAAAAAGUCAAAGAAGAACGCCCAUGUCAACCAGUCGGGCUACGAUGUCCACUCCCUCAAGCUCGUCUGCUCGCACUUUGGCGGACGGAUGAUCGGAUCCACGAUGGGGUGGCUCUUCAACGAUUUCCUGUUCUACGGAAACAAGCUCUUCGCAUCGACUUUCAUCGCCAUCAUCUCACCCUCGGCCGCCAACAAUGUCAUUGUCAGCUGGAACUGGAACCUUGUCAAUAUCGGUGUCUCGCUCGUUGGGUACUACCUCGCCGCUCUCUUCAUCGACCACAAGAUGUACGGCCGACGCAGGAUGCAGAUCGUGGGAUUCCUUGGGGAUGGAAUCUUGUUCUUGAUAUCUGCUAUCUGGUAUGAUGAGCUCCGCACGCCCGGACGGAUUGCAGGCUUCCAGACCAUCUACUACCUCUCUUCCUUCUUCCAGCAAUUCGGUCCCAACUGCACCACCUUCCUCCUCGCCGCCGAGAUCUUCCCCAUCUCCGUUCGCGCCACCGCACACGGGCUCUCCGCCGCCGCCGGCAAAGUCGGCGCCCUCCUCCCCGCCGUCAUCUACAACUACGUCGAUGGCCGAACCCGAUUCUGGAUCGUCUGCUGGUUCGGUUUCGCCGGCUGCAUCGUCACCCUCCUUUUCAUCCCCGACACCACCGGUCUCGAUCUGCGCGAGCAGGACCGGUACUGGAACUUUGUGCGAGAGGGCAGGGCUGGCGAGUACAGGGGUAUUGCCGUUCACCCGCGUCAUUUGAGUUGGUGGGAGCGCGUAGUGCUCAAGCGGCAUCUGGCGUAUGAUGCGGAGAAGGACCGGGAGAUGCGUGUCAAGGAGUUGAGGGUGGCGUAUGAGGAGAAGCAGGCGUCGAGUCUGAAGGAGAAGACAAGGGAGGAGGAGAUGGAAGAAGAGGAGGAUCAGGAGCUGCUCAGCACGAACGCGAAUAGCUUCUUUGCUAUAAGAUCCCGGAAUCCUCCCGCCACUUGCUCGUCACCGAGUACGCCCAAGCCUAAGCGCGAGAGGAUGAUGAAUGUGGGGGUACCGUACAUGGUCGUGGCGAUCGCCUUGGCCGUGACGCCGAGAGCAAAGGAUACGAGGCUAUUGCCGUCAAUAGGUGUCGUCGAGUGCGCGUGA